AUGGCCCCUGAGAUCCCUGUGCCGGCAUGGCACCCUGGACUGCCUGGUCCGGGGGCGCCUGCCCCCCCACCCCCCCCCAUCCCUGACUUACCGUUGGUGAAUCUCUCUGUGGAGCCUCAACCGGUCCUGGAGGGAAACCUGGUGAAGUUUCAUUGCUCUGCCAAAGCUAAUCCACCGGUCACCCAAUACAAGUGGGCCAAAGGAGGAAGCAUGAUAAAGGAAGUGUCUGGAGACACUUAUGAGGUCAUAGUGGAUCACUCAUUCUUCACAGAGCCAGUUUCCUGUGAGGUCACCAACCCACUUGGGAGCACCAACAUCAGUCGGAACGUGGAUGUCUACUUUGGACCUCGGAUGGCUGCAGAGCCCCAGUCUUUACAGGUUGACCUAGGAUCCGAUGCUGUGUUUAACUGUGCCUGGACCGGAAACCCCUCUUUAACUAUUGUAUGGAUGAAAAGGGGCUCUGGGGUGGUUCUAAGCAAUGAAAACAUCCUGACACUGAAAUCUGUCAGGCAAGAGGAUGCUGGGAAGUAUGUGUGCCGUGCGGUGGUCCCUCGUGUUGGAGCGGCUGAGAAGGAAGUCUCUCUCACCGUGAAUG